CCACUUAUCUGUCUUUCCUACCACAUUUUCUUUCAUCUCUCCAUUCUACUCCUCUUUCACAGAUUAAAUCAAACUCCAUUGUAGAUUUAUAUUGAAAAAUAUAUACAUUUAAUCAUGAGUUUGGCCAAGAGAAUUCCCAUUUUUUUGCUUAGGCUCCUGGCCUUGGGCGCCGCGGUUACUGCAACUGUUAUCAUGGUGACGAGCAAGGAUUCUGCACAAGUCUUCAACAUGAAAUUUGAAGCCAAAUUUACAGAUUCACCAACUUUCAAGUAUUUUGCGUUAAUAAAUGCAAUAGCAAGUGGUUACACCCUUAUAAUGCUCUUUUUCCCUUCGAAGAAUUCGUGUGGGCACUUGAUCUUGGUUUUUGAUUUGAUUAUGGCUUUGUUGCUGGAUUCAAGCAUAUCAGCAUGUUUGGCUAUAGGGCAGGUGGGGAAGAAGGGGAACAGUCAUGCAGGUUGGCUACCAAUUUGUGGGCAAGUUCCAAAGUUCUGUGACCGUGUUACAGGAGCUGUAAUUGCUGGCUUUUUGGCUGCAGUUAUAUAUCUUCUCAUUUUUCUCUACUCCCUUCACAACUUCCUGAAUCUUUUCAGCCUUAAAUCUUAGGCACCUCUUCUCUUACGAACUUGCCUUUUAUUCUGUGGGAACGUUGCCACUUUUACGUAGAAGCACUAGUAAUUUCGUAUGAUUUUCUACCUAUUGUUCUUAAUGGUUAUUAUGGGCAUUUUUGGGAUGAUGUAUUGGAAAUAUAAUUAUAUGAGACUAAAAGAAUGCACACGAAAUAAUUUUAUGUUUUUCUUUUCAAUA